AUGUUGAUAGUACCUUUCAUUUUGUUUUCAGUGGCCAUUUUGGCACCAAUUUAUUUUUACCUGACGAAACCGCUGCCACUGCAGCAUACUCAUUUUGGUUCAUUUGUUUGUGCCGAGGAUACUCUUUUCUGUCCAGAAUCCCAAAGGAAGGCCUCGGAGAAAAUGUAUUCAUUAUUGAAGGACCAUGAAAAUACUUUCUAUGAUGAAGAGCAACAAAUACUUGGUAAUCUUCUACUUUCUGAAAAUACUUUCUCAAGGCAACCGUACGUGGCGAAUGGUUACAUCGGUUCUCGUAUCCCAAAUCUUGGAUUUGGUUAUGCCUUGGAUACAAUAAACGUUUGGGUAAAUGAUUCUUCUAUACCAGGAGCACUAGAUAAUGGCUGGCCGCUAAGAAAUCAACGGUUUGCUGGUGCCUUCAUCAGUGAUUUCUACUGUCUUCAAGAAAAAUUGAACUCUACUAAUUUCCCAGAGCUAGAUGAUGACGGUUAUUCGACAGUGAUAUCAACCAUACCACAAUGGACAGACUUGUCUAUAUUGAAACAUACCACGACAGGGCAGAUAGAAUAUAUCAACCCUACCGAUGUCAAAUUGGAUAAAAUUACAAAUUACAUGCAAAAUUUGUCUUUGCAAGAUGGUAUUGUAACUACUACUUUUGUGUAUGACAAACAAUUGUUGGUAACUACAAAAGUGGUAGCUCACAGAAAAAUUUAUCCUUUGGGUGUAGUCACUUUGGAGCUUUCCUUAUUUGAUAAUAAUUCAGACACCUCCGCUGAUAAUGAAAAUGAAUACGUUGAAUUAGAAAUAUGCGAUUCCUUGAACUUUUCUACUUCACAUCGUACUGUGUUGAACGACUAUGGUUAUGAUCAGAACAAUGAGGGUAUAUUUAUGGUUGUAGAACCGGAAAAUGUCCCCUAUUCGAACGCAUCACUAUUUUCAUACUUUGACAUUCCAUCAAGGGACACUUUGACGUUAUCAAAAUAUUCAGAUUCUAUUAGUCAAUGUACAACACAGAUUUUAAAAGCGAAUUCAACAUUCGUAGCUCAUAAGUAUAUCGGUAUUAUAUCAUCGGAAUAUGAUAAUAAACAACCGGAUGAUAAUUCAAAUGGAACAAGCAAUGAAGCACUUAAAAUGUCCAAUUUGGAAAGGGCUACUUCCAUCGUUUUAGAUAACAAAGGAAACUACGAUUCUUUGAUACAGUCACACAAAAAUGCUUGGAAAAGAAUAUAUAAGGAUGCCUCGAUUGAAAUUCCCAGUGAUGGAUUAUUGGAGAUGACAGCAAAAUCUUCCAUCUACCACUUAUUGGCAAAUACAAGGUCCCAUAAUGUAUCUGAGGACCGUGGGCUACCAAUAGGAGUUUCGGGUUUGUCUAGUGACUCUUACGGAGGAAUGGUGUUCUGGGACUCUGAUCUUUGGAUUCUCCCAGCUCUCUUGCCUUUCUUUCCUAAUGCUGCUCGGCAAAUCAAUAAUUAUAGGAAUGCAUCACUGCAUCAAGCUAAAUUAAAUGCUGAAAAAUACGGAUAUGAUGGUGCACUGUACCCAUGGACAUCUGGCAGGUACGCAAAUUGCACAUCAACUGGACCUUGUGUUGACUAUGAAUACCAUAUCAAUGUUGAUAUCGCCUUAAGCUCGUUCGCCAUAUAUAUGAAUGGUGAUGAAGAUGAUGAACGAUCAGAAGAAUAUUUGAGGUAUACUACGUGGCCAUUUGUAGAAAAUGCGGCUAAAAUGUUUGCACAAUACGUGAAAUGGAACGAUACCAUGCAACAGUACACCACUCAUAAUCUUACGGAUCCAGAUGAGUACGCUAAUUUCGUCGAUAACGCUGCUUUCACCAAUGCAGGAAUACAAAGUGUCAUGGUUUGGGCACACGAUAUUGCUAGACAUUUAGGAAUCGACCCUGACCCUCAGUGGUUGGAAAUUGCAGAUAAUAUUCAUAUUCCGAUAUCUGAGACCAAUAUCACUUUGGAAUACAGCGGAAUGAAUAGCAGCGUCGAGAUUAAGCAAGCCGAUGUGGUGUUAAUGAUAUAUCCCUUAAGUUAUAUUACAGAUCAAUCCAUUUUGAAUAAUGCUAUCAAGAAUUUGUAUUAUUAUUCAGAGCGACAGUCAGCAUCGGGGCCAGCUAUGACGUAUCCAGUAUUUGUCGCCGGAGCAGCCAGUUUAUUGAAUUAUGGGAGUUCAUCACAAAGCUAUCUAUACAAGUCCGUUGUUCCUUAUUUAAGGUCUCCGUUCGCUCAGUUUAGUGAACAAUCAGAUGAUAAUUUCCUAACCAAUGGGUUAACUCAACCUGCGUUCCCAUUUUUGACUGCAAAUGGUGGAUUCCUUCAAAGUAUUUUAUUCGGUUUAACUGGUUUAAGAUACUCUUAUGAAGUUGAUGAAGAUACAGGUAAGAUUCAUCGGUUAUUGAAGUUCAAUCCCAUACAGUUGCCAUUACUUCCUGGUGGUAUUAGAAUUAACAAUUUCAAGUACAUGGGGCAGGUACUUGACGUUCUUAUCACUGAUACGGAGGGCAUCAUUAUUCAUAAAAAUGGGACCAAGGAAAUAAGGAUUAAGGUUCCGGAUAGAACCUUAAUUCCAGAUGUUGACGUAAAAUACUCAGAAGAAACUGAUCCCAUCAAACAAAUUUUGCAUGGUAGGAGAUCUGUUCCUACUGGCAAGAAUUAUUUUACCAUUCAACCUGGGGACGUUUUCAAGACUCCGUUAUAUAUUCCGAAAAAAAAUCUUGAGGGAAACCUCGUGGAAGCAAAGCAAAUAACUAACCUAACAGCUGGCGUUCCUGGUGAUGUUGCUGUUUCGGUUAUCGACGGUAAUAAUUUCACACACUGGCAGCCCGCAUAUAAAAACUUGCCAGCAAGGCUAUUAAUCGAUAUGGGGAAUAAUUUCACGCAAGAGAUCAAGUCAGGCAAGAUUAUAUGGGGUUCGAGGCCUGCAAAGACCUUUUCGUUGUCGAUAUUGCCACAAACAGAAGAGGUAUUCAAAAAUUUGACGCAUAUAUUAUCAAACGUCAAUCAAUAUUGCAAUAAGACUGGUGAUGAAUGUGUACGCGAUUUGGAACGGACAGAAAAAGGUUUUGAUGCAGCGAUUGAAGAUGUUUUUGACUGGUACGGUAUUGAUCCAGAUAGUAUAAUCAGUACUCAUCCUGAACUUAAAGAUAUGAAAACUAAAUUUGUAAAGAUUUUGGAUCACUAUAAGGUAACACCAUCAGAACCAUACCCAUGGCGAGUAUAUAAUGAGUCCCAAAUUGUAUUAUUGCCUGGAAAUGAGACCGAUUUCGAUAUUGAUUAUUCAAAAGUGGCUGAAAUGAAUCCCGAAAAUGUUGAUAUUGAUUUUCGUGGCAAUCAAACUGAUUGGAGAAAGGGAAGAUUCAUAGUUCUAACUGUUCAUGACACUUAUGAUGAUGACGAUGAUGAAAAGGGAGCGACAAUUAAAGAAUUUGCAUUAUUCCCAUAA